CCGGUCGACCCGGCCGAAGUCAUCCCGACUCGGGGAAAGACUUUACCGCCGCUGCCGCUGCCACCGCUUCUCUCCUGUCCUGUUUUCAAACGGAUAACUAAACAAAAAUACCUUACAAAGUUUCUGGAGGAUUUACCGGAUUUUGACGACAUUGGAUUCAGUCGUUACUUUUCUUCUCUCAGCGGUGUUUACUCUGUUUGUUUCUCCGAGGCUAGCAUCGCUUACUGCUGCUAAACAUGGUGGCCUGUCGGAGAGAAGAAGAAACGAGUCCAGUUUGGGGACUUUAGAGGAUUUAUUUUGGGACGCUUCUCCCUGUGAAACACUGCUGCUCUGGACACAUUACCAGCCCUUUAUUGAUUUGUUUUAUCUGGAGGUUUUAUGGACUUACUUGCGUUUCUGUCCAAACAAGCUGGUGUUUUGUGGACCGUGGAUAAUUGUUAAACUUCAAAAGUUCUCACUAAAUCACCUUUAAAGUUUUUCAUCCGAUUUGGAAAAAGUUGCAAAACAUGCACUUGGAAAAACGCGUCAAAUAGCGUCACGGUUUCGGUUAUUUUACGAAUGACUUCAGAUAGAAAUGAAUUGAUGCACAGCCUGCAGGAAUUACUUUUUUUUUUAUCCCAUUGAAUUUCUUUUAACAGUUCCCUCUUUUUUUUUUAAAGGUUUGAUUCCCUGUUAAUCUGUGGAUUAUUAUGGAUUAUUAUUAUGAUGGCCUAAUCCAAACUGCAUCAAACCGGGAAUUGUGGGAAUAACUGCUGAUACUGUUGCUGAUGAUGAUGACAGAGAAAAGCGAUGGUUUCCCUUCGUUAUGAUUUUGAGUAGAGAGGAGUUAAUUACAUGGAGACUCGCCUGACAUGCCAAGGAAGGAGUUGCCACUACCUGAGGGUUGGGAGGAAGCCAGAGACUUUGAUGGCAAAGUCUACUACGUUGACCACAUUAACCAUUGCACCAGCUGGAUCGACCCCAGAGACAGGCACACGAAGCCUCUGACGUUUGCUGACUGUAUCGGCGAUGAGCUGCCGGUGGGAUGGGAGGAGGCGUACGACCCCGCUGUCGGACCGUACUAUGUCGACCACAACACCAAGAGCACCCAGCUGGAGGACCCGCGGGCGCAGUGGCAGCGCGAGCAGGAGUUCAUGCUGCGGGACUACCUGGCUGUGGCCCGCGAUGCGCUCAGCGCCCAGAAGGAGAUUUACCAGGUGAAGGAGCAGCGGCUCCGCCUGGCGCAGCAGGAGUACCGGCAGCUCCACGACGCCUGGAAGGACAAGUCCAAGUCCCAGACCAGCUUGAAUUCCAGAUCGUCUUCGUCCAGCAAGUACGACCCAGACAUCCUAAAAGCAGAAAUAUCCACAGCCAAAAGUCGGGUGAACAAGCUGAAGCGGGACCUGGCCUGUAUGAAGCAGGAGCUGCAGUUCAAAGAACAAGGCUUUGAGACGCUCAAAGAGAUAGACCUGAAGGUGUCCAGCAGCCCGUAUGGCUACAAGCUGCAGGAGGCACAGAGCAUCCUCAGUGAGGUCCGCUCCAUCCGAGACGCCAUCAGCUCUGGGGAGAAGGAGAAACAGGAACUCAUGCAGAAACUGGCGGUGCUGAAGGACAGUUUCCAGCUGGACUCGGGCUCCCAGCAGGAGCUGUGGGGCAGCAGUCCUUCGCUCGCAAACUCGGAGCUGUUCAUCCCGCGGCUGUACUCCGACGCCGGCUCGCAGACCGACAUCCCUGCUGAGUUCAUGACCAGCACCAACAAACUGGCAGAGAAGGUUCGUGUGAGUCUGAAGUACGAGGAGGCCAAGAGAAGGAUUGCCACCAUCGAGGUGCAGAUCGCCAAACUGGACAGCGAGGCGUGGCCGGGGCUACUGGACCCGGAGCGGGACCGCCUCAUCCUCAUCAACGAGAAGGAGGAGCUGCUGAAGGAGCUGCAGUACGUCAGCCCCCGCCAGCGCCUGCAGCCCAACGACAAGGAGAAGCUGGAGUCCGAGAAGAAACGUCUGGAGAGAGACCUGCAGGCGGCCAGAGACAACCAGAGCAAGGCCCUGACUGAGAGGCUGAGACUUCACUGCAAGAGGAACAAACUGGUCCGGGAGCUGGAGGAGAUGGUCCGACUGGCCACAUCGCUGCAUACUCAACUCAAAGGGCUGUCGGCCAGCACCCUGUCCUGCUCGUCGGGCAGCAGCAGAGGCUCUCUGACCUCCAGCCGUGGCUCGCUGGCCACCACCUCCAGCCUGGGCUCCACGUCCUCCCUCAGCUUCACCGACAUCUACCUGGAGCAGCCUGAGCUGGCCGACCCGGACUUCCAGAACAAGCUGGACAGCCUGCUUCAGGAGGGGGGGCAGGGGGGCUACCGGCCCUCCAGCUCCAUCACGACAAUACACGAGCACGAGGUGGUGACAGGCUCCGGAGGGCGGGGAGUUGAGAGUCCUGAGGUCAAAGCAGGAGAGGUGGGAGGGUUUCCUGCCGGAGGAAGCAUCGCAGCGGAGUCAGGGUCGUCCAGGAUUCAGGCCCUCAGACUGUCGGAGACCCCCCACUCCAUGAGCUCUUUGUCCCCCCGCUCCUCCCUGUCCUCGCUGUCUCCGCCCUGCUCGCCGCUUGUUACAGACACUAGCUUCCUGUCCGGUGAGACGUUUGCAGGUCAGGCGGGGCCCGGCGGGCUGAGCCUGGAUCUGGAGCUCCACAGCAGGCUGGCAGAGCUGGAGCUCAGCCUGGACUCUCAGGAGCAGAGGCAGGAGGAGUGCGGGGGCCCGGGGGGGCCGGAGGAGAAGCAGAACCACAACAACACAAUGGGCAAUGAGGUCAAAGACUCGGCUCCAGAGUUGCAAGGGACGGGGGCGGGGCCAAAGAAGAUGGGCGUGACCUCAGCGGUGUCUGACGAGUCGGUGGCAGGAGACAGCGGCGUGUACGAGCCCUCGGAGCGCAGGCCCGGCCUCCCUGCCGACCUGAUCCUCGGCUCCUACGAUGAGCGGUUGGUGCUUGGCUGCUCUCAAGUGCAGCUCGGCUUCCGCUACGAGACCAGAGACCAACGCUUCACCAUCUACGUCAUGCAGCUCUCCAACUGCAGCGCCCUUUGUCUGCCUGCUGACCAGAAAAUGUAUGUGCGUGCGGUGGUGCUGCCCUGCGUGGAGGCGUCCCGCUGCCUCUUCAGGACGCGCGGCUCUCUGCCUCACGACGUAGUGGAGGUCAACGAGGUGUUCGGCAUGCAGAUAUCACAGAAUGCAUUGCGGCAGAAGACACUGAGGGUCGACAUCUGCAACACCAGCAAGUCAGGCCAUGAAGAGUGUCUGGCUGGAGCCCAGAUCAGCCUGGCUGAUGUCAGCUGUUCGGAGGAGAAGUGCACUAAGUGGUACAACCUGCUGAGUCGCGCCUACAUGCCCGAGAUCAGCAGCAAGGACAAAGAGAGCCGAGCGGCCGGCAGCGCUGAAAGGCCUCGUGUUUCCAACAGUGACAGAGUGGGAGCUCCUGAGGACGAUGAAUGGCAUGGUGACCGUCUGGACAUCUUCGAUGAUGAGGAAGGAAACGGCGUAGAGGGGGUUGGGCCUCUGGAAGAAGACGAAGAGUUUUACCCUGAAAGCAGCCAAUGGGAAGCAGCAGAGGAGGAGGAAGAGGAGGUGAGGGAGACCAAACCUCCUCCUUAUCGUGCAGCAGCCAUCACAGAAAAGGUGAACAAAGAGACCAGCAUGGACAACUUGUCUCACCACAGCUCGGUGGUUCGACCCAAGGAGCGCCGGCCGGACGUCCACCAGCAGAACCCGUUCAUGAGGGGCAACACCAUCAUCCGCUCCAAGACCUUCUCUCCCGGACCCCAGAGCCAGUACAUCUGCAGGAUAAACCGCAGCGACAGCGACAGCUCCACCCUCUCCAAGAAGUCUCCGUUUGUCAGAAACGCCUCGGAGAGGAGAAGCAUGCGCAUGAAGAAGCCUCCGGUGCAGGUGAAAGGUCUGGAUGGUCUGCUGAGGACGUCCCUGGACCUGGAGCUGGACCUGCAGGUGUCACGGACGCGGCAGUCGCGGCUGACUCAGGAGCUGCGGGUGCUGCGGGAGCUGAAGAUGCAGCUGGAGACGGCGAGGCAGCGCGGCCAGAGAGAGCUGCCCGCCUGGGUGCAGGAGGACGAACGCUUCCGCAUCCUCCUGAGGCAGGCCGAGAAACAGACUUGUGAGGAGCAGCUACACGAGAAGCGGGUGGAGAAGAUGAUGAGAGCAGCAGCCAAGGACGUCCACAAGAUCAGAGGACAGAGCCGGAAGGAAGUCCCUGAGGUGCAGACCUUCAGAGAGAAGAUGGCGUUCUUCACACGAGCGAAGAGCAGCAUCCCCGACCUGCCGGCUGACGACGUGUAGAGAAGCAUUUCAAAGUAUUUCCUCCUCGAGUCUUAGCCUGCUGUUCCCAUUCAAAUGAAGCAAAUGUUUGGCGGUGUUAUGAAGAAUUUAAACAAACAACAAUAAUAAUAAUAUGUCAAGUAGAGCAAACACUCAAAACCAUGAAGAAACACAUUUUUAAAGAGCUCAGCAUUUCUAAUGUGGAUAGUCUAUGUUUGUAAAUUAGUCAUAGCACACUAGAGCUUUUUCUUUUUUUAAUUAUUAUGUCACUCUUUCUUCCACUUUGUUUUGUGUUUCUGUUACUAACAGGCUGUUUAUAGGUGUGUAAAAUCAUUCCAGCACAAAGUCACAAAGCUGCAUAUGUGCAUACAAAGAGUUUUGUACUUUACUGACACAUUUGGGUAAAGAAAUAUAUAAAUAUGUAUAUUGACAGCACAAAACAACGGUACUAAAGCAAAAUGAGCAACUAAAGCUGAUGAUAAAAAUCUAAAAUAAAUAUCUUGAUUUAAGAGAUAUUUAUUAUUGAUUUUCAAGUGUUUUGUUUUUUUUAGAAAACUAUUGACAGCACAGAUGUUUGUAUAUAAUCAUCAUCAGCAUGCAUCAUUUACAACACACACAAGAGGAAAACUGGAGCAAGUCUUUAAUUUGCAAAUGUUACCAAAUGAACUGGGUUUGAUCAUUUUAGGAGGUGAGAUCCUUCUCAUUUUAGUGCAGUUGUCUCUCACCAGUGACUUUAGGCAAAGUGUAGAAAGAGCACUAACUCUCACUAACACUCAGGUAGUUGAUCGGAUAGUCCGCACUUUAAGAAGCUUGAGAAAGUAAAAAACGGAAAGAAAAAUAAGUGGGUUUUUGGAAAAAUAUAAAAAAACAAAUCCAAAAGCCUUUGCCUCGAAUGCGCUGGAGUGAUUGUUGACUGUUGAAGCACACAAAGAUUGUCAUUCAGGAAGUGAAGAUCAGAUGUAUCUUUGAUGAAUGUGAACUAAAAAGAGUUUUAAUUUCAGACUCCCCUUCCCUCUAACUGGAUGUUUUGGAUACGCUCUGUAUCUAAAGUCACUCUCAUGCCUCUUACAACUGGAUGUUCUGCAGCUUAAAAUAUAAGCAUGGUGCCCCAGCAAAACUGAACACAUCAAUUUCAUCCCAAAUAUUUGUACACUAGCAAGGGGUUAAAUUCCUACUCCCUGUUUACUGCUCUUCAGGAAUCAGGAAAAACUAAUAUUGUCACUUGGAUAUAAUGUUUUUUUUUUGGAGGUUUACCUAAAUUAAAUCAGCCUUGUGAUGAAUAUGGCUUGGCAUUCAGAGGAGUGUUUUCCUGUCUGCGUUUGAGUGCAGAAGCCGGUCAGAAUGUUCCUUUUAUCGGUACAUGCAGAGCGGCUCUUAAUCUUCACCUCUGGCAUAAAGUCAGUUCACUGUUUGUGCUCCAGCGAUGUGCUUUCUAUUCAACACAGCGCGGACUUACGAUGUCUAACUCUGUUUCCAAGGCAACCGGAUUAUAAAUGAGUAGAGAACCUCGACUAUUGUUUGGUGGCUCUUUGUGUUUGUACCUGAACGUUGAGCAGCUGUUGUCUUUGGUGCUUUAUUCAACAAUUCAACUGUGAUAAAAGAAUACUCCUAUGGUGAUAAAUCUUGCGUUUCUAUAUGUUGUAAUAUUUAAAAUCCUUGGACAUAUAGAAAACAUGACUCUGAUAUUUUAAACAGAUUUAAUCAUUUAUAUUUGCAGUUUUAAGCUUGCUUUCACAUUUACAGAAAGGAAUCUAUCAGAGAGAAGAUACACAGAAUCUUAUGAAACAGCAAGAGUGAGGAAUAGACCAUAAUGCAUUGCAGCAACUAGUCAGGUUUGAUUUCUUUUAAAUACCUGAAAAGUUAUUUUGACUUCUACCUCAGUUUUAUCACCAUUUUCUUAUAUUUUCUCUCACAUAAAGUGUGUUGACUUAAAACAAUGCUUGAUAAGAUCAACCUAUAACAUUGCUAUAAAUUAAAGAAACAAAAAAAAACUGUUAGAACUAUUUAUUGUGUGAAAUCAGUGUCACUUCUAAAUGGAUAAAACAAAACCCUACACAAAAUAAUGGUAAAAGGCAUUCUGGGAAAUGUAGUAAAUGAAUAACUUACUUAAGAAUAAGAGGAGGGGAGAAGAAAACCCACUCCGAAAUGAGUAAACAGCAACCACUUAAAAAUAAUUACACAUUUGAGUUAUUAUUGAUAAACCAAUUCAAUUAAAAUGUUAAAAGAAAUAAAGAGGAAUAAAAACAAAAGUUGCAAAAUCAUGUGUUUUUUUACAGACAGUUUGUCUUGGGGGGUUUAUGAUGGGGUUACAGUAUUAAGGUGGAGUCGAAGUUUCUUAACCUGUGACUUUUGGAAUAAUGACUCACCGUUAGGUCAGUGUUGCUCUCCUUGCUGGGUCACCAUGCUCUUCAUGUGGUGAGCUACAUUAGGUGCUUUGUAUAAGUGUUCACCACAUGACGCAAUCCUUCACGUAAUCAUGUCUCCAUUCCCGGUGUAAACCAGAAUGUCACUGGUAAAAACCGCUGUCAUUCCAGAUGUUUCUCUGUUUCAGAGUCAGCUCACAACCUGCUUGAAUAAUAGAUCAGAUCCAGCAAAGAGUCAACAGAAAACCUUUUUUUUAUCUUGCUUAAUGUUUAUGUUUAACACCAACAGAGGGAGUUGACUUUGACUUAUUUUACUUGUGGGCUCUUUCACUUUCUGUUCCCGUUUCCCCAUCAUCUCCCUCCAAUGCUUAAGUUUAUCUCCAAAAAGUCCCAAGAAUUUAAAUCAGCCUUGUUUCUGAUAGUUGCAUAUCGUAAUAGUUUUUAAUUCACAAACAAAUAACAUGGUUACAAAACAUAUCCAGUUACUAGUAGAAAUAUUCACCACACAUUCAGGUAAAAGUAGGAAUAUUUUUGCACAAGUGUUAAUAGGAACAAUACAUAUCACACAAAUACAAAACCACAGUUGGUAGGAAGUGAAUGAAAUGCUGUGAGGAUGUUCACACUGAGGCUGCGUUCACACUGCAGAGAGGAAGCGUUUUAUUCAGUCUGAACUGUCCCGUUUCUGAAGUAAAUAAUUAUCACCAUAACAAUACCAAAGAUUUAACUCCUGAGACACAAAAACAGAAAUAAAGGACGCUGACGUUCUUGUGGUCUAAAUAAUACUUUACCUGUAGGUAUGUAAAGUUUAUCAUCUGAGAUGCAUGAUACCACUGUGUGCACCAUAGGGAUCUAAGACAAUGCUAUGAAGUCAAAAUGUUCAUUUACGAUGUAUAAAUAACACUUUUAGGGAAUUCAAAUAUAUGUAUUUUCAGCAACAAGGUCAUACUUAGUGUUAUUCACUCACUUUGUAAAUAGAAAUGGGACAAAUAAUUGUAAACACCUCUUAUAAUCAAAUACAAAACCACUCUUACUUAUGACUUCCACAAUAUCCAUAUAAUUGAAACACAGUUAGGUGUGUUUUAAGAAUCCUGAAAGUGUAAAGCAAUAUUUUUUUUUAGCUGUUCACUCGUCAAUUCCAAACAUUUAACUUGCCCAUAUUUUAUCCCCUCAAAUGGACAACAUCCACAGCUAAUACACUAUAAUGCGCCACUUUCUCUUCGAUUCAUCACUCCACUAUUACGGCGUAAUCGAGCAACAAAUACGAUGUUAGAAUUCUGAUCAGACUGCUAAGACUGGAAUCAUAGCCAUAAAUCUGAUAUGUAUUACAUUGAAGAGGCGAAAAAUCUCACUAUUGUCCUAUCUGGUUUCCUCGCACAGUGUGAACGCAGCUCUGAACUCUGACGGUCUGAGGGUUUUACUGUAACGGGAUCACUGUGAAAUUAAUGAAAGCCUUUGGAGUUAAGUGAGAGUGUGCCUUUCGGAGAGCAACCAUUGUUUGUUUUUGUGUCAUAUAUGUCCAAAUCUGGCUGCCAUGGAUUGAUCUGAAGCUGUAAAUGUAGAGAAGGGUUUGCAUUAAUGUUCCUAAUGCAAACAGUUUUUUGUUUUUUUUUCCUGCACUGUAGAGCAGGUAGUUUUAAAGAAUAGGACUCUGAGGAACAGUACUGUCUGUCUGUAAGGACUUUGUCAUGAUCGAUUGAAUGUUGUUUAACCGCUAAAUCAAAAAACAUUUAUAUAUAACAACAUCUGGAUGAAGGAAUGUAGGUUUUUUGCUACAAGAAAUCACAAUCAUUCAGAGAAAAAACAUGCUGGUAGUCACACGUAAUUAUUUUUUUCAUCAUGUAGGUUGUGAUAUAAUUCUUGUUUGUUUUUUGAAGUUCAAGUGCAUUUGUUUUCCUUUUAUUUGAUUAUUGUUUUUAUUUUCCUAAUGAAUUUGUUUGUAUUACGACUGGUGAUGAAUCUGGUAAUGUGUAUGGAGGCGGCUAUGAGAAACAUACAGCAUGUAUUUAUUGCACUUUGUGAUUUGGGUGUGCUUUUCCUGUUUUUCUUUUUAUCGCGUGAGUCCCGAAAAGCUGUGAAUUUUAUUCUCAGACACUGUACUAUCGACCAGAGUUGUAAAUAUUUCACCAGCACAAAAAAUACCAAACAAUAUGUUUUGUAGUUUCACAACAAAUAAAAAAGUUCUUCUCUUCUA